UUUUCAUUCUCUUGUCUUUAGGGUGACAGCCCUAACAGUGAAAGUGCUAUCGCUGGUGGCGGAGCGUCAGACAGUGGCUUUUGGACAGCAGGGCAGAACGGUUAGGGUUGCACCAGAACAACAGAUCAGGCACUCAGUCAGUUACUUGCUCUCAGUACCGAAGACUGAUGGGUCAUUCGUUGACCGACAUCCAGUACUACACAGAGGAGUUCUGAAAGGCAAAGACCAUGAUGCAUCUAUGACAUCGUUUAUAAUUCUUGCACUGCACCGGUCGCUUAAAUUCCUGCACUCCGAAUUGAGAAGUAAUGCGGAAGCAAGCAUUGCCAGAUCAACAACAUAUCUCCUGUCGCACCUUGAGGAGCUUCAGCAUCCCUAUGCUGUUGCCAUUACAGUCUACUGCCUCGCAGUUUGCCUGCCAAAGGGAAGAGAUCAUUCAUCUGCCUGGACAAAACUUCAAACACUGGCUACUGAAGGGACAAAUGGCUGUUAUCUGUGGACAGCGAAUGCAAACCCACAGCAUCAAGCGCAUGUAGAUGCCAUCACAAUAGAGACUACAGCCUAUGCCCUCCUAGCGGCAGUGGAACUUGGGCAUACCAAGUGGGCAGACCAAGCAGCCUGCUGGUUGACCUCCCAAGAAAACUAUUUUGGAGGCUACAGAUCAACACAGGAUACCGUCAUGGCCUUGGAAGCCCUGGCGGAGUAUGACCUAAAGAGGUUCGCCAGAUCUGAAGUAAAUCUAAUAGCAGAGUUCACAGUCCAAGGAAAGCAAGACAUUGUAAAACUUGCAUUGGUAAAUGGGAAGGAAAAGGUGGAAACUGACCUUAAGAAAUUUUCAGGGAACACCAUUAUGGUGCAAUUGACAGGAAAUGGCGAAACCAAGCUUAAAAUCGUAAAGGCUUACCAAUUGCUGGACCCCAAGGACGAUUGUGACCAAGUGUCAAUCAGCGUCACAGUGGAGGGGAAAGUGAAAUACACCGCUGAGAUCAUAAAAAACUAUGAAUACUACGAUGACUACGAUAACAACGAGGAAAAAGAUGUGCGUGUGCCACGAUCAGCAAUCGAGUGGUUUGAUGCUCGCACCAAACAGGAGAGAACUGGAUAACAACUUAAAUUCAGACGAGGCUGUCACCUACAGAAUCUGUGUCA